AUGCCACAUCUUGUAAAGUUGCUGCGCUCCUCAAAGUGGGCUUUACGUCAGCGGUAUCGCUCUGUUAAAGCAGCGGCAGUGGAGGAACUUCGAUGGAUGCGGCACAAGCUCGUCAGCCUGUGCGGCUCGGAGAAUGACGUGCUGCGCUUCAAGCGCUUUCUGUUCUCGAUACUCUUCCUCGCGCUCAUCUUGGCUGUUACUAGUGCCGCCGCGGCUGCCUGGCGGUCCGAUGCACCCCACUGCCGCUACGUGAACUCCCAUAUCGAGCCCGUGCGGCGUGCCGCGCUGGGAAAGAGGGAGCCCUUGCCGCAGCGCCACCGAGGUGACCACCCCGAUGCCAACGCGGACCUGCAACGAAGUGUCAACGCGUACCUGUCGCAGCACAACGGCACGGACGGCGUAACGCACCUCCCCACUCGAAUUCACUUCAUCGUGGCCUCAAAUCAGACGGACUGGAGCUUCUGCAUGGUCACCGCGUCGUGUGCACUCGCUGGUGUCCGGCUCACCAUCCUUGGAGCGGAUAGUAUAUACUCGCACGUCUGGCGCUAUGAGCACUACCUCGACUAUCUUGAACGCGAGGGCUUGCGGGACGAGGACAUCGUGGUUACGUUGGACACCGACGUGGCGUGGACUGGAUCUGACGUGGUACCGUUCUUGCAGAAGUUUGCGCGCUACUCGCCUGCCUCAGAGGCGGCUCUCGAUCUCGCCGCGGUGCGCGCCUGGGAGGACUACGGAGAGGAGGUCGGGUCCGCCUUUAUGGCUACUCUGCGCACCACACCUAGCCUAAAGCCGCGGCCGCUUGUGCAGCUGCCGCCCGUCAUCUUCAAUGCGGACGACGAUUGCUACUAUCAUCAGCCAGUUGAUGGCCUCUUCCAGUGUUUCACCAGUGAUUACAUCAUGACGCACCUCAUCGCAGCCGCUCGCAACGGCGCGUCCUUCUUUUCUCCCCAAGACGCAGCCCGCGCAUCCAGGGAGGACUGGAAUUACUACAAGAACAUCCACGACGGCUUCUUCGCGCACGGCCACGGCCAUCGCUUACUCACCACCUCGCUGGAGGGUGCGAACUUUCUGCGCACUCCCGGCGACCGGUUCUUCUACGACGGCGCCUUCUCCGUCGGUCGCAACCCGGCGCACUAUCUCAACGCCGGCAUGCACAUCUCCCGUGUGUGGGCAUUCCGAGAGAUGGCCGCCGGUGUCCUCCGGUUCGCCAAGGAGCAACAGCCUCGCGUGAAGCGGGAGUGGUUCUGCGAUCAGUCCAUCCUCAGCGUUCUGCGGUACUACUCACGCAUGUUCGAGAUCAAUGAGGGCCUUUUGCUUCAGACUGGGCACGGCGUAGAUGGCCGACUCGUGCGCGACCUGUUUGGGCUGCCGGUUGGUCUCAUCUCUGUCGACCACCUCACGGAGUUCAUGUUCACUUCCCAUUUGCGGCGCCGGCAGGGCCUCGGCCAGCUCACUUCCUACUACACUCGCCAUCGCGAUGACGUGUUUUUUACGCUUCCUGACCGCGAUCUCAUCGCUGGCACCUCGGGUGCCUUCAUCACGCCCCCAUUGUGGGGCCGUGAGGUCCCGCCGCGCUGCCUCAGCGUCACCUUACUAAACGGCUCGGUCUCCACUAGAUGUUCGGCUGCUCCCCGGUGGCACGUAUUUCCCUCCUUCCUACACUUCGCUGCCGGUAGCAAACGGCAGUACUAUUUGCGAUACCGUCAGUGGUUUGCCUGGUACUUCGCGGCUCGGCGCAGCUUCAAGGCGCUGUCCACUGCCAUGACGGUGUUGGACAAGUUGAAACUGGAGCUGUGGUGCAACGAAACAGUGCAGCAUAUUCCUUUCUUCGCCGUGUGCCCGAGUCCUUUUCACAGUACUUGA